AUGACAGAGAGUUCAAAAACAUCCCUAUCAAAAUUAAGUAUACCAUCAUCUUCAUCAGCAUCAAUAUCAUCUACUGCUACAUCAACAAGAACAUCACCAUCAGAGUAUUCAGAAGUAGAGCAAGUCACAUUGAAAAAUCAUAUUGAACCAAUACCCAGUCCUGAUCAUACAAAUAAUUCGCAAAUCCCCGAAGAUCAUAAACCAUCAUUUAACUACGACUUAGAAAUAUUUAAUUUAUGUAAAGAAUAUCUAAAUAGUAAAAAUCAUCAUGGAUUAGCAUUAGUUGCAAGACAGAAGGGAAUACCUCCAUUUUUAAGAUUUAAAAUAUGGCCAAUACUAUUGAAAUAUCAUCCUUUCGUUUUAAAUCCUUUUAUUCAACCAGAUAACGAAAUUAUUGAUGAAUCUUCCAGUGAUCUGGAAAUUAGCUCUAUAACAAGUAAAAGCACAUCAUCCACUAAAAGUUUUUCAGAAUGUGAGAACGAAAAAGAACUUGAUUCAUCAAAAGAUAUUGAAAUGAAGAUUAAAAAGGAUAUUUCAAGAUAUAUUCAAAGACUUUAUUAUUUACACAACUAUCAACUUUCGGAGGUGGAAAAAGAACUCAUAUCAGUUUUAGAAAGUGCAGUAUUAAAAUUUGCAUUAAAAUGGAGUAAAAUUAUAAAAUAUGAUUCCUCAUUAUCAUGGAUGGCUUUGAAUUUGGCGGAGUGGUUACCACCAGUACCAAAAACACCUUGGGUGCUAGUUGGAAGAGAUAAUUAUUCAUCUGGUGGUUCUAUGACAACUAGUGUAUUUGAAGAUUAUUCAAACUACAUUGAUAAUGUUCCAGGUUUAAAAGAUUACCUCGAUGAGUUAAUAUACAAAAAAGAAAAUCUUUCAAAUAUGGCCUUUCAUGAAGUUUAUGAGAGAUUAGCUUUGGUGCUAUUGCAUUGUCCAGAACCAACUAAAGAAGAGUCAGAAGAAGAAGUUGAUAAGAAGCAGCAAUUAAAAGUAAACAAUAGUACAUUACCAAUUAAAGGAGGAACCAUAGAAGAAAGAGUUUCAUUUUUUAUAUUUUGUCUUCGCAAAUUAUUACCUGAAUUAUCACAAUGUUUUCAUGAAGAACAAAUAUUAACAAAAUUUGGUUGUUCAGAUGAUGAAUGGUUAAUAUGGUGGUUAAAAUUUGUUGGUACAAAAGUUUGGUCAAAACAUGAUCGUGGUAGAAUUUGGGAUUUUAUGAUGGGUUGGAGAUUGAAAAACCCCAAAAGGAAUUUUAAUCACUAUUAUGAAAAAUUAAAUUAUGUUAAUAGAAACACUUUAGAAAAAUUAGGACCCGAUAUUUUUUGGACAGUUAAUGCAGAAGAAAAUGAUAUAGUUGAUCCAAAAAGAAGUUCAUUCAAAGAUUUGAUUUCUGAGUUAAAUAAUGAACUUAGUAUAUCAAAAUCAGAAUUAUAUCAAAAAAAUACAACACCACCAACUACAUCAUCUUCGUCAUCAUCACCAACAAGUCAACAUUCAACAGACACUCCUCCUUUACUUUCAAUACCUUUUUCAAAAAUAGAUCCUCACAUAGCAUUAAUAUUCAUAUCAAUAUCAUUAUUAAAAUCCAAAGAAAAUACAUUAGUUGAAUUAGAUCAACAUGAAAUUAGACAAUUUUUAUCAAGAUUACCAUCAAAAUCUUAUAAGUAUAAUCAAAAAUCAAGAAAAAAAUCAAGCGACCCAAACUCCGUGGUAGAAUCAACUUCAUCAUCUCCAAUAAAUACACCAAUUGAUAAAUUACCAAUAAAUAAUAUUAUAAUAUCUAAUGAUUCAAGAAAUAACAAGCAUAAAGUAAAUUUUAUAGAUCUGAUUUUAUGUGAGGCUGGUGAAAUGUGGAGGAAAUGGUUAUGGUCUGAACACGAGCUGUGUAGCUAA